UGUGGGAGGAAAGUAGCCGUCGUUUUAAUCCUCCUGCAGAGUGUAAACAGGCACACUGACUGUGCUAUAGGUAAACUCCUCUCUACCUCUGCACUGUCCGACACACUGCAGAGGAGACUGAGCCGGCUACACAGCACACACUCCGAGCUGCAGCCUUAGCUUCAUGGAUUAGUGCCAGUUUAGAUGUGGGGUUAUUGUUGUUUUUUGUCAGUUUUUCGCGGAUAAAGGACAUAAAAUGUUCUGCGGGACUAAUGCAGAUCACGCUUGAAGACUUUUGCGGAGCUGCGGAGCCACGACGCGGCGGGGAAAGUCGCCGGUUGUGAGCUACAGGGCCAGGAGCAUGACUGAGCAGCAGGAGCAGAGUGAAGAAACAGGUCUGCUCUCAACACAGGACCUGGAACCCUCCAAGGAGGACGACACACACGGCCACUUCAGGUUUCAGUUGAUUGAAGACCUGUCUUAUGAAGAUGUGAAAAAAUGUUACCGGGGUUCGUGUGUGUCUUGCAGCAGCUUGCUCCAGGCCUUGGAUGUGCGCGAGUGUGUAUGUGUGUACGGUGCCAACGUGCUGAGCCUGGUGCAGAGCUCGCGUCCUUUGAGGGAGAGGGUGGUGUCUGCGGCGACUGGAGCCGGAGUGGCCGGAGUGGCCGGUGGUGGUGGAGUGGCCGGUGGUGCCGGUGGGGCUGGUACUGUGCAGGCAGGCCGGUCCGCCAAGGAGCUGCUCAUGACUCUGCCCUGUCCCUCUGCACAGACUGUCAGCAAGUACAACUCGCAGUACCACAAACUCUUCCAGUGCGUGCCCAAGGAUGAGAUUCUCAUGAAAGUGUACUCCUGUGCUCUUCUCAGAGACAUCCUUCUACAAGGCCGACUCUACAUUUCCCGAAACUGGCUGUGUUUCUAUGCCAACCUCUUCGGCAAGGACAUCAAGGUGGCUAUCCCUGUUGUUUCUGUGAGACUGGUGAAGAAGCACAAAACAGCGGGCCUCGUGCCCAAUGGCUUGGCUAUCACCACAGACACUGGCCAGAAGUAUGUAUUUGUGUCUCUGCUAUCAAGAGACAGUGUGUAUGAUGUCCUUCGCAGGAUCUGCACACACCUACAGGUCAAUGGGAAGAGCCUGAGCUUGAAGCAGUUCAUGGAGGAGCCAACCUUACUGCUGGAUGAGUUCCCGGCUCCAGACGAGUUCCCAGUGGUUGACGAAUUCCCAUCAGUGUUAAAGUGGAGAAGGAAACCCUCAGUGGUGUCUGUGUCUUCCUCCCUUCCUGACCUCCUGGGGAACUCCACCAGCAGCCUGAAUGCCACAGACACACCCUUCAAAUCAGAACAACCGCUGGAAGAGCGAGCUCUGCAGACAGACAGAGGCCUUUUAUCAGAGCCAGUGGCAGAGCUUGGACAGAUGGAGUACCAGCUGCUCAAGUUCUUCACCCUGCUCAUUAUUCUCCUCAUCCUGUCAUCGUGCUACCUGGCCUUCCGUGUGUGCAGUCUGGAGCAACAGCUCUCGUUCCUCAGUAACCCAAAUCUGCCCCUGAGAGAGAGGUAGCCACUGCUCCUCAUCAUCGUUGGUUUGGCUGCUGUUUACUCCUCUCACCCUCAGAGUGGUUGACGUUGCUCUCCUGCACAGAUCCAGGACCAGCGUAGAGCCCAGAAUAGACCCCGCACCAGCCGCAUCACAUGAAGGAGCACCAUCACCCUGACUCUGGGCAUCCUAACGGACCUUCCCAACACGGGAUUUAGUGAUCACUUCCAGACUAUGCAAACAGACUAUUUAUUCCUGAAUACACAGUAGGUUUUACUGUAGAUUAUGACUGUCUACCAUUUCAUCUUUAACUACAUGACACUGCAGUGGAGAGAGAUCCUAAAAUAGUGAGCAGAUUGCAGUUGAACAUGAAGCUUUUGGAGUGCUGGAGACUAGAGGUGAAGAGGGUAAAAACAAAUUCAAGAAAAUCAAUAAAUUAAUUGCUUGAAGACUUGAAAAGUAAACAUAUUUCAGUUGAGUGAUGACUCAUCCACAAACUCCCCAGUUAUCCUGACUGACUACAAAUGAACUCAAUCAAAUUGAUUUUUUUCCCUGGUGAGCUCUUGCCAUAGCCCUCAGUAGUAAGGCUAAAACUAGCUGCGACAAUGCACUUUUUAAAAUAUGUCCAUGUGUGUAACCAUUUUAAGUUUUUAGAUCUAUUUUUUGUUUAAUAAUAGGUACUCAGUUGUCAUUUCUGAAGGUAUUUAUGGAAGGAAGCGCUGCUGCGACCACAGACACUUGACUGAAUAAGGUUACCUAACUGUGAUAAACUGGAAUGAUAACACCUCUUGAGCGUGUUAACUGUAAUGUGAAUGAGAUGGUAAGAUGAUACGUGUAAUUUUUAUUUUUAUUCUUAAUCUGCCAUGUCAAAGGAGUGUCCAGAGUGUUUUUCUCUUAUACAUUUCAAAUGAAGUUACCAAGGAUUUAAAAAAUGACUCACUGAGGUUCAGAGUGUACAUGUUAUCAUAUUUUUGAUUUUGAAGACAUGGAUGAAAUGUAGUCUUAGACUAGUUUGUGAAAUCCCUAACCAUUUAAUUGUCGACAAAACAUAGACAAUAAAGGUUUGUGUC